AUCCUGAGUUUUUUUCCUCGUAUUUAUCGGGUUUCCUCACUGGUAAUGAUCCAAAUUUGCUUAAAAAAAUCUAUAGAGUUAAAUAAAUACUUAAAUCCCUGCUGCUGCCCAAUAUCUUCCCUGUGUGUACGUAUAGAUUACAAUGAUAAUCUCAUCAUCAUCAUCAUCCUCUCUGAUGACUCCACCACAAAAUCACUGCAACAACAUGGAAUCAUUCAAACAAAUUCACGCUCAUUUCAUCAAACUCGGCCUCCCCAACUCCCACUCUACUCAUCAGAUCAUCAUCUGGAACACCAUUAUCAGAGCCUACUCACUUCACUCAUCCCCUUCUACUGCAAUCCACUUCUACAACUUCAUGCUUUUAUCUGCUGUCCAACCAAACUCCUACACUUUUCCACCUCUUUUCAAAUCUUCUGCAACAAUCCAUAACCUAAACCAGGGGAAACAGAUCCACGGACAUGUCUUCAAGCUUGGGCUUUCUUCCGAUGCGUUUAUUCACACCUCUAUCAUCACUUUCUAUGCUCAAAUUGGAGAAUUGGAUCAUGCACGCUUAGUGUUUGAUAAAAGUCCUCUGAGAGAUGCUGUUUCUUUUACCUCCUUGAUUACUGGGUAUAUGAAUGUUGGCCGGUUGGAAGACGCCCGUAAGUUGUUCGAUGAAAUGCCUGUGAGAGAUGCGGUCUCUUGGAACUGUGUGAUAUCUGGGUAUGUUCGAGUUAAACUGUUUGAAGAGGCGAUAGAUUUGUUUCACGAGAUGCCAAGGGCGGGAAUCAGACCGGAUGAGAGCACACUCGUGACGGUUCUUUCUGCUUGUGCUCAGUCAGGUGAUCUUACAACAGGAGAACGUAUCAAAACGUGGAUUGUGGAGCGUAAUCUUUCUUCGAAUGUCCGGCUUGUUAACGCGCUUAUUGACAUGUACGCAAAGUGCAACGAAUUAGACAAGGCUAGAAGUUUAUUCGACAACAUGAUUAACAAGAAUAUAGUCACGUGGAAUGUGAUGAUCGGUGGUUAUACACAUACACACCGUUAUAAAGAAUCGUUGGAACUCUUUAGAACAAUGCUGCAGUCAAACUACGAAGCUAAUGAAGUCACGUUUUUAAGCGUUCUUCCCGCCUGUGCUCACAUGGGUGCUCUUGAUACCGGGAAAUGGAUUCAUGCUUAUAUUGGAAAGAACUUUCCAGAAGCAUCUAAUACUUAUACCUCUCUUUUCACCAGUCUUAUUGAUAUGUAUGCCAAGUGUGGAGACAUAGAAGCUGCGGAAACGGUCUUUGAGAGUGUGACAUACAAAAGUUUGGCCUCAUGGAAUGCAAUGAUUUCAGGGUUAGCCAUGCAUAGGCGGGCCCAUGACGCCGUUAAACUUUUCAAGAAUAUGGUCGACGAAGGUUUCACACCAGAUGAUAUAACUUUUGUUGGUGUUUUAUCAGCCUGCAGCCAUGCUGGACUAGUCAACCGAGGUCAACAACAUUUCCGCUCCAUGAUCCAUGAUUACAACAUUUCACCCAAACUACAACACUACGGUUGUCUAAUCGAUCUUUUAGCACGAGCCGGUUUGUUUAAAGAAGCCAUGAGUGUGAUCGAGAACAUGGAUGUGAACCCCGACGGUGCUAUCUGGGGUUCUCUACUUGGGGCCUGUACGCUUUACAAAAACGUUCAACUGGGUGAAUAUUUUGCUACAAAAGUUGUUGAAUUGGAGCCUGAAAACUCGGGUGCUUAUACGCUAUUAUCAAACCUUUAUGCCGCAGAUGGUAAAUGGGAUGAUGUUGCAAGAAUAAGAACAAAGUUUAAAGAUAAGGGAUCGAAAAGAAUCCCGGGUUGUACUUCAAUCGAAGUAGAUGGAACCGUUCACGAGUUUCUUGCGAGUGACAAAUCACAUCCCAUGAGUGACGAAAUCUAUGCUAUGUUGGAAGAAAUGAAUCGGCGUCUUGAUGAAUUGGGACAUGUUUCUGAUAAAUCUUUGGUGCUUUAUGAUAUGGAAGAUGAAGUAAAAGAAGGUGUAUUGUGUCAACAUAGCGAACGGUUAGCGAUUGCUUUUGGGUUGAUUAGUACAAAGCCCGGGACAACGAUUAGGAUGAUGAAGAACUUGCGGGUUUGUGGGAAUUGUCAUUCGGCUACAAAGUUGAUUUCCAAGAUUUUUAGAAGGGAAAUCAUUGCCAGGGAUCGGAACCGGUUUCAUCAUUUUAAAAAUGGUGUUUGUUCUUGUAUGGAUUGUUGGUGAAAGUGUUUUUGGAGCUUGGAGGGAUACACAUUAUAAGGAUUUGAAAGAUAUGUAGAUUUAUUGGCUUCUUUGCACAGGAAAUAGGUUUAGUUGGUUUCGGCUGUAUAUAGAAUAAUGCACUUGAGUCUAAAGCAAAACUAGAGGACCCAAGGCGCAGUAAGAAGACAGACUGACAAUGUAAGAUACUGUCUUUACGCUGUAAUUAACGUCUUGGAUUCAUAUGCUUAUGUUACUAAUUUAUUGGUCUUCGCUAAAUUGCACACCCGUGUCUUCUGUCCUAAAAUGCUUAUGGUGAUUUCAGUAUUUGAAUCUUGAUUUGUUUGGUUGAUGCCAGAACGAAAUAUUGAUUUGAAUCUUGAUAAUAGUUUUGAAUCGUCA